AUGACUUCUCUCAAUGAAUUCAGCAAAGACAAGGCGUCGAUCAAAGACGCUGAAAUAGGGGUAGAGACAGAGACAGAGACAGAGACAGUUGCUCUUCAAACUACUACGAGUGCUCCUUCAAACGAUGGUUUAUUCGAUACCAAAGACUUUGAUCAAGUUUACUUAGCCAAGUCUCGUAUCUUGAGUCAAGCCAUUGACGAAAUUGGGUUUGGUAAAUACCAAUGGGCAUUGCUUUUCAUCGCUGGAUUCGGUUGGAUGUCUGAUAAUACUUGGCCAGUCGUUACAUCUUUAAUUCUGUCUCGGCUCAACGAGGUAGACGGCGUUCAUCCUCCUACCCAAAAGGAUGCUCCCUUCUUAACAUUGGCGCAGAAUUUAGGGCUCUUAGCUGGAGCUGCUUUUUGGUCCAUAUCCUCUGAUAUGUUUGGUAGAUUAUGGGCCUUCAACUACACCUUCCUCAUCACUGGUGUCUUCUCCCUUGUUGCCGGGGCAUCUCCCAAUUUUGCUGCUAUUGGGAUAUUUAACGCGCUCUGGAGUUUUGGUGUCGGCGGUAACCUACCUGUCGACUCGGCAAUUUUCAUUGAGUCAAUUCCAAGCUCUUGCCAAUGGCUUUUGACCGUCAUGAGUGCUUGGUGGGCGCUAGGACAAGUUUUGGUAAAUCUUAUUGCCUGGGGCUUGCUUGCAAAUUUUUCCUGCUCAGAUUCCAAGGAACCGUGCCUUAAAGACAAUAAUAAAGGAUGGAGAUACCUGUUGUUUACCAUGGGUGGCUUGACUUUAUUCAUGUUCCUUAUUCGGUUUUUAUUUCCGCUGGUGGAAUCUCCCGGUUAUCUCCUAGCCAAGGGUAGAGAACAAGAAGCUGUUCAAGCAGUACAUAAAAUUGCGAAAUACAAUAAAAAGGAGUCUUCUCUAUCUGUGCAAGAUUUCCACAAAAUCCAAACCUCUCUUUCUAACGAUUCGGAAUUUCAAACCGAAAGCGAUCUAGUGCAUACCACGAAAAAUUCCCCGACGCAAGAAUUAUUAAAGAAAGUAAAUUUUCAAACUAUUCGUGAAUGCUUCCGAUCGAAAAGACUAAUACUAUCUUCUACAUUGGUGAUAUCUUCUUGGGCUCUCAUAGGUCUAGCAUUUCCUUUGUACAAUGCUUUUCUACCUUACUAUCUUGAAUCAAGAGGAAAUGCUAACAAGCCUUUAAGUGUCUACGAAACAUAUAGAAACUCUCUCAUCGUUUCUACUUUAGGCAUUCCUGGUUCCCUACUAGCUGGUCUGCUAGUUGAACUUCGGAUUGGUCGUAAAGGCACUCUUACUCUUUCUCUUCUGCUUACGGGUGUUUUUCUGUUUGCUUCCACAACGGCGAAAACGAGUAAUGCGUAUCUCGGGUGGAACUGUGCUUUCACUUUUGUUUCAGACAUUAUGUAUGGCGUUUUAUACGCUUAUACGCCAGAAGUUUUUCCUUCCAAAGUUCGCGGCACCGCAAUUGGAUUAGCUUCCUCUGCGAAUCGAGUCCUCGGGGUAUUCGCUCCCGUCAUUGCUAUGUAUGCGAAUCUUACAACUUCUGCUCCGAUAUUUGUAAGUGGAGCCCUGUUUCUUUUUGCCGGUCUCUUGACUAUUUUUUUCCCGUAUGAACCAAGAGGAAAAUCAAGCUUCUAA